GUUAUACUAGGGGCUGCUUAAACACGUAAACUCGCAGUUCGAAUUUGAAUGUCGAAGAGUGACAACUUUUCAUUUUGCGGGUAGAACCAGAAGGGCAGAAAUUUCUGCUUCUGAGUAUCUUUUUUCAGAAAUCUUCGCAUUUAAGAAUGAAGAAAAAUUAUUUUUUACUAGCAGUGGGAAUUCUGCUCUUAACAGGGCUCUCUGGUGUGACUGCGGAUGAGGAUGAAGACAUAAAAACUGUAACUGUUGAACCAGACUUAGGAAGCAGCAGAGAGGCGUUGAGGACAGACGAUGAAGCUGUCAAAAGAGAAGAGGAAGCAAUAAAACUUGACGGUCUCAAUGUCGCACAAUUUAAACAGCUCAGGGAAAAAGCAGAGAAAUUCACGUUCCAAGCAGAAGUGAAUAGAAUGAUGAAGCUGAUCAUCAACUCUUUGUACAAAAAUAAGGAGAUUUUCCUUAGAGAACUGAUCUCGAAUGCCUCAGAUGCUUUGGACAAAAUAAGACUAUUGUCGUUAACAGAUCCUUCCGCGUUGUCAUCCACUCCUGAUCUAGCCAUUAAAAUUAAGCUCGACCCUGACAACAAGGUGCUGCAUGUUAUAGACACCGGAAUCGGAAUGACUAAAAAUGAUCUAAUCAACAACUUGGGCACCAUUGCAAAAUCAGGCACAGCAGAAUUCCUAACUAAAAUGCAAGAAGACUCGGAUUCACAAGACACCAACGAUAUGAUUGGCCAAUUUGGUGUUGGAUUUUACUCUGCUUUCCUUGUGGCUGAUAAUGUCGUUGUCACCAGCAAAAACAACAAUGAUGACCAAUACAUCUGGGAGAGUGACACAAGCAGUUUCAACAUUGCUCAGGAUCCAAGGGGAAACACUUUACCAAGAGGAACACAGAUCAGCCUUCAGUUGAAACCAGAAGCCAGCGAUUACCUACAGCCUGAAACUAUCAGGAACCUUGUGAAGAAAUAUUCACAGUUCAUCAACUUCCCCAUUUACUUGUGGGCCAGCAAGACAAUCACUGAAGAGGAGCCCAUUGAAGAGGAAGCAACCAAGGAAGAGAAGGAUAUUGCUGACGAUGAGGAUGGAAAGGUUGAAGAGGAAGACGCAAAGGAAGAAAAACCUAAGACCAAGAAAGUGGAGAAAACUGUUUGGGACUGGGAAAAGCUAAAUGAAGCAAAGCCCAUCUGGACCCGAAAGCCUACAGAAAUUGAGGAGGAGGAAUAUAAUGCUUUCUACAAAACCUUGACCAAGGACACCAAAGACCCCUUGACUAAAGUGCACUUUGUUGCCGAGGGAGAAGUCACUUUCAAGUCCCUUCUUUUUGUUCCCGAGACCCAACCUGGUGAGGGAUUCAAUCGAUAUGGAACAAAAACCGACCACAUCAAGCUUUUCGUGCGCCGUGUUUUCAUUAGUGACGACCUCCAAGAUAUGAUGCCCAGUUAUUUGAGCUUCAUCCAAGGCGUUGUGGACUCUGAUGAUUUGCCUCUGAAUGUGUCUCGUGAAACGCUGCAACAACACAAGUUGAUUAAAAUCAUUAAGAAGAAACUUGUCCGCAAGGCACUGGACAUGUUGAAGAAAAUGGACAAAGAUGAAUAUGAAAAGUUCUGGAAAGAAUAUUCCACAAACAUCAAGUUGGGAGUGAUUGAAGACUCUGCUAAUCGCACACGCUUGGCUAAGCUGCUCAUGUUCCUUUCCUCCUAUGACUCUGCCUUGACUAGUCUGGCAGAUUAUGUCUCCAGAAUGAAGCCCAAUCAGGAGCACAUCUACUACAUUGCCGGAGCUAACAGGGAUGAAGUUGCCAAGUCGCCAUUUGUUGAAAGGCUUCUGAAGAAGGGUUACGAGGUUCUGUACCUUGUCGAAGCCGUAGAUGAGUACUGCAUCUCUGCUUUGCCAGAGUUUGAAGGAAAAAAGUUCCAAAAUGUUGCGAAAGAAGGAUUUACAUUGGCAGAUUCGGAAUCUGACAAGGAAAAGAAGGAGGCCUUGAAAACCCGCUUUGAGCCUCUGAUCAAAUGGUUCAAUGACGAUGCUCUCAAGAAUCACAUUGCCAAAGCAACCUUGUCUGAAAGGCUGUCCGAUUCACCAUGUGCCCUUGUCGCCAGCAUGUUUGGCUGGACUGGCAACAUGGAGCGUCUUGCAGUUUCCAAUGCCCAUCAGAAGACAGAUGACCCACAGCGGACUUAUUAUCUCAACCAGAAGAAGGUCUUGGAGGUGAAUCCUCGCCACCCUCUCAUUAAAGAACUGCUGCGAAGAGUCGAAGAUGACCCUGCCGAUCCUACUGCUAAAGACAUGGCUCUCAUGAUGUUCCGCACGGCAACCCUGAGGUCGGGGUACAUGCUUAAAGAUACAUCCGAGUUUGCUGCCAGUGUCGAAGCAAUGAUGAGGAAGACUCUAGGCAUUUCCCCAGAUGAGAAGCCCGAUGAGGAUGAAAGUGGAGAAGACAAGACUGACGAAGCAGAGGAGGAAGUUAACACAGAGGAGCAUGACGAAUUUAUUAGCACUGAAGACGGGCAAAACAAAAUUGAAGAAACAGAGGAAGAGGUUAAAACAGAAGAGCGUGAUGAGCUGUAAUCGAGAUUUUUGCUCUCAUCUGGGCUAUCAUUAAUUAAUUUUUGUUCAAACACACUCACCAUACAUUUGAGAAAUUCAUAAAAUAAACAUUCAU